AUGGAUUUAUUGCGUCGUCUUUUCGAUGAGCAAUUUUUGGGGGAAAAGGAAGAAAGAGUAGUAAAUAGUAAUAGAAGUAGUGUUAGUAGUAGUGGUGGUAGUGGCAGUAAUAGUAGUAAAAAUAGUGGUAGUAGUGGUAGCAGUAUUGGCGAUAAGCCUGAAAGACGCAUUAUAGCAGCAACAACAACACGAGCUGCAGAUAAUAAACACUUAAAUAUAGACUUGCCGAUACCCUCGAAUAGCUUGAUCGCCACUUUCGCCGACGACACUGCCAUCCUAGCAAUUGGAAAAAGUGCUGAAGAAGCUGCAACCAAACUUCAAAUUGCAACAAACGCUAUUGAAGAAUGGACGAAGACUUGGCGCAUAAAAUUGAACAAUACCAAGUCAAUACAUGUAAACUUCACCAACAAAAAAGUGAAUCAUUAUCCAAUAAUGCUGCUAGGUACCGCAAUACCACAUGCAAACACUGCAAAAUACCUUGGCAUGACGCUUGAUGCUAAGCUUCGAUGGAAGGAGCAUAUAAAACUUAAACGGCAUGAAAUCCAUCUGAAGAUAAAUUUCAUCUUUCUUUUGCUCUUUAUCGUCGCCAUCAACCAGCCAAUUGACGCUUUUGGUUUCGAUUCCGCAAACUCAUGCAGCACACAGGCAUCCAAACUCUCGCGUCGUGGACGAGCACAAAUGCUCGCAGCCAUACCCUGCGACCUAGCGCGCCAAGCCUACUGCCACCUACCCGGCUCGGCAUAUCCCUGGCAUGCAGUACGACGUUUCGUACACGAAAAUCAUGGCCUCAUGAAACGAAUGUAUGGAGACGUACGACAUAUUUCAGUGCUGCGCGAUGAAAUACUCAACAACGAGAUCGAUGUCGACGAUGUUGAAAUUGCUGCUGAACGUUACUCGAAAGAGCCGCAUAGAUCGCGUGCGGCCAAAUAUAUGCAUGCACAGCGCGAGGAAUAUGGAGGUAUCAAAAAUAAUGAUGUUCUUAUGGAGCCGCAUUUUCGGCCGGUUUCGACAGCAACAAUAACAACAACUGUACCGGAUACAACAAGAGAAGAACAUACGAAUGUGGCUAGUGAGAAGGUGGAAGCAAAAAUAGAAGAAGAACGACCGGUAAAAAUUACAAGCGGUACACUAAGGCGAAGAACAAAUGUAAGCGCAAACGGUGGUGGUGGUCAUAGACGACGCGUUAAUGUUUACGUCAAUCGUAAUAGGCCCACACACUCUUCAUUGCGACGUCGCACAACCACGACAACGACUACCGAGGAACCAAAAUUGUUAGCGGAAAACAAUGAACAGACUAGCGAAAUAGUGUUGCACGAAGAAACCAUACACGAAAUACCCGAAGACGACGGCAAUCUUGCCUCGAAUAGUGUCUAUGAGACACCAACCUCACCGGAGGCACCGCUACACAUGGGUGACAAUAUACAAAUAAUCGAAUCACCACAACUCGGACAACUGCAGAAACCAUUGACUGAACAAAAAAAUAGCUCUGAGUCUGCAACUAUCUCGACUACGCUGAAAGUGGUUACCACGUCCUUAACCAAGGUGAGACCGGCACCUGAUCCACCAGCGCCUGUGGCACCCACACCUCUACAACAAAAACCUGCAUAUCAAGCGGAAAGUCAACGACCUGGCCUGCAGCAGUUACAAAAACUCAAACUGCAACAAGUGAAGCAACAAUCAGCUGCUGUUGCGGGUGGUGCAAAAGAAAGUUCAACACUAAAAUCAAAACCAGCCAAUGAAAGUGAACGUACUCAAAGUGAUACAGCGUUUGCACCCGCGAACACAGGUGCAACAGCACAGCCAUUAAAAGCAGCCACAAAUAGUGACGUAGACAUCACAACGGACGCUGAUAAUGGGACGACGCUAUCAGGCAGCGGCAAAACUAACUUUGACACGGACGCUACUGCUCCAACAGCAGCGACUGUGGCUGCAGCUUUAGCAGCAGCUACCCAAGCCAGCGCACAGCACCAACACCAACAGUAUGUCACAAACAAAAAUGAACAUCGUUUCGGUGAAAAUAAAGCCGAUUUGCCGCCAACGACGGCAAUCGAGCAAACGAUACCAACUACAGUCGCCACGAAACUCACAUCAACACAAGCCGAGUUAUCUUCGGCUGCUAAGGCUACGAGCUCACCAAGUGCAGCAACAACUGGCGCGGAGGUGAGCGCAGCACAUGUUGAACUGCUGGCCAGUGAAAAAAUCCAACAUCCACAAUCGGCGUCACAACAGUCACCCCAGACAACACCAAUUAGUGCUGCAGCUGCUGCGUCCACAAAACCGGUGCUACGCGACGGCCAGCUGUAUCAAGACGCGCUAAAGCAGGAGGUGAAACCCAGUGCCAAUAUGCGCGGCAUCAAUGCCUGUCCCGUCAAGGAGGAGGUCGUGGCUCCAUUUUGGGCAAACAAUACACGGGGCGAAGUGCUCGCCCUGCUCAAUCUCUAUCCCUUCGAACAGUAUGUCCAUUGGGAGAAAUGCACACACGAACAUCGCCAGAUGUACUGUCGUGAAGGUUGCCGUUGCGAGCAGCAAUAUCGUCUACAUCGAUUACUUGCCUACGAUCCACACAACGAAUGUCGAGGCAUUUUCUCUGAUUGGUUUCGUUUUCCAUCGUGUUGCAUUUGCAAGUGCUAUGGUAUACCAAUGGAGUUUCGCGCCACAUCACGGAGCCCGCGAUCCGAACGUAUGGAUGAUUUUGAGACGGUAGCUGAAUACACGGAUUAUGAUGAUGAUAUUACAAAUGCAGAUGAGUCAGUGGAGGCAGUAGAGGAGCCUCAAACGCAACAUCCAAUAGAUGUGGCGGAGCAAAUGGUACGACAGGCAAUUUACGAACAUGCGACAGAGGAUUGGUACCGACCUAAGGAUGAAUUCGAUUUUUAUGAGGGUUAA